AUGAUUGGAUUAAAAUGGACAUCAAUAUGGUUAUUAUCAGUGAUAUGUAUAGUGGAGGGAUUUCUUAUAGAAGAUAUCCAUACACCAGCCACUGACCUACACAAAGCCAUUGAUAUCUUAAAACGAGUUCCUCUAGUAGAUGGUCAUAAUGACCUAGCAUGGCAUAUAGAGAUGUCUUACAAUGGUGAUUUACAGCAGUUUGAUCUGACCAAAGAUAUGAGGAAGUAUUUUCCCUAUAAUCCCAAGCAUCCUAGCCAGACUGAUAUACCUCGAAUUAAACGAGGUCAUCUGGGGGCUCAGCUAUGGUCAGCCUAUUCUCCGUGUUAUAAUCAAUAUAAAGAUGGUGUAGAGAAAGGUCUAGAUCUGGUAGAUUUAAUUAAAAGAUUUGUUAAAAAAUAUGAUCAAUAUUUUCAAUGGACAACAACUGCUGAUGGUAUCAUGAAUGCCUAUAAAAAUGGUAAGGUUGCCUCACUUAUUGGUAUGGAAGGUGGUCAUAUGAUAGGAAAUAGCUUGGCAGUGUUAAGAAUGUUCUAUGAACUGGGUGUUCGUUAUUUAACACUAACACAUAGCUGUAACACUGCCUGGGCAGAUAAUUAUAAAGCUACCAGAUAUAAUAAACCAGUGUUUCAUGGUCUGUCAUCAUUUGGUGAGAGAGUGGUUAAAGAAAUGAAUAGAUUAGGAAUGUUAAUAGAUUUAUCACAUGUUGCCUUGGAUACUAUGAACGAUGCUUUAGAUAUUUCUAUAGCUCCAGUUAUAUUUAGUCAUACAUCAUCAUAUGCUCUCUGUCCUCACAGACGUAAUGCUCCAGAUGAUGUUCUCAGACGUUUGCCAAAAAAUGGGGGAAUUAUUAUGGUUAAUAUCUAUCCUAAUUUUAUUAACUGUACAGUAGAUACAGUUUAUGGUGAUGAUAAUCGUACAGCUUCAGUUUCUCAAGUAGCUGACCAUAUGGAUCAUAUCAAAUCAAUCACUGGACCAGAUCAUAUUGGUAUUGGAGCAGAUUUUGAUGGCUCAGAUUAUUUUGGAGAGAUGAAAGAUGUUUCAACCUAUCCAUAUUUAUUUGCUGAAUUAGUUCGUCGUGGCUGGUCUGAUAUAGAUCUGGAAAAACUCGCCUACAGAAAUUUCUACAGGGUUUUCAAACAAGUUGAAAUGGUAAGAGAUAGUUUAAGUGGUAAUGAACCAGAUGAUACCCUGAUAGAUAUUAAAGAUAUACCUGAUAAAAGUUGUAUUACUACUACCUGGACAUAG